AUGAUCCCCACCAUAGACGAGGGUCUGAUGGACGAGGACACUUACCGUCUGAUUGUCCUCGUCUGUCUUGUCAUCAGCGUCAUCAUCAGCCCUCUUGGCAUCAUCUUCAACAUCAUCAACAUCGUCGUUUUCUGUAAACUUGGCUUUAAAGAGAGCACCAACAUUAUCCUGGUCAGUUUGGCUGUGACGGACAUGUGCAUGUUGCUGACCAUUCUUGGCAUGACCCUCAGCACAGACCUGGUUGUGACGUCAGAUCGAGAUAUUCUCGACGCCAUCACUCUCAUUAUUCUAGGUUGGCCCAACGUUUUAACAACCAAAAUAGCGGGUUGUCUGACAACCUACCUGACCUUUGAAAGGUUUCUGUGUGUGGUCCUACCGCUGAGAGUCAAGACAAUCUUACAGAAGAAAACGGCCUUGACAUUUAUCAUAGCGCUGUGUCUAUUCUCGAUGGCCUACUCGGUUCCCAUGUAUCUGGCCAACAGCAUCGGUCUGAGGUUCAACCCCAUGUCAAACCAAACCUCUGUUGGACUUAUCGUGGCGGAGAACAGCGACGUCCUGGAGGGGUUCGAGCUCAUGGUAAGCCGUUGUGCUAGCAACAUUGUACCGGUGCUCAUUGUGUAA